AUGGAUCGGCCGUACCAGGGCGGCAGCGCGGCGGCAUCGUGCGUGGAGGAGGGCGGCAGGAAAGGCGAGACCUUGGACGACGCGGCCGCGGAGGAACUCGCGGCGAAGCUUCGUCUGAAGUUCCGGACGGGCGAGACUCGGAACUUGGCGUGGCGCGAGCAGCAGCUGCGCAACCUGGUGCGCAUGGCGGAGGAGCACGAGGAGGACAUCAUGACCGCGCUCAAGACCGAUCUGGGGCGCGGCCGCAUGGAAGCCCUCAUUGAGGAGGACAUCAUGACCGCGCUCAAGACCGAUCUGGGGCGCGGGCGCAUGGAGGCGCUCAUCGAGGUGUGGCACUGGGUGUGGGGCGUUGAUACAGAGAGAGUGCGAGGGUGCGGGUGGGAUGCGCAUGUGGUGCGCAUGGCGGAGGAGCACGAGGACGACAUCAUGACCGCGCCAUGGGGCGCGGCCGCAUGGAGGCGCUUAUCGAGUGGCAUUGGGGGAGUGGCAUUGGGGGAGUGGCAUUGGGGGAAUGUCAUUGGCGGAGUGGCAUUGGGGGAGUGGCAUUGGGGGAGUGGCAUUGGGGGAGUGGCAUUGGGGGAGUGGCAUUGGGGGAAUGUCAUUGGGGGAGUGGCAUUGGGGGAGUGGCAUUGGGGGAGUGGCAUUGGGGGAGUGGCAUUAGGGGAGUGGCAUUGGGGGAGUGGCAUUGGGGGAGUGUGA